AUGAGUGAAUUGCCAAUUUUGAAAUACAAAAAUGAAAUAAAGAAAGUGUUGAAGAAAAAUAAACUGAUUAUUAUAAAAGGUGAAACAGGAUGCGGAAAAACUACUCAAGUGCCGCAAAUAAUAAAUGAGAAAUUUUUUGAUAAAGAGGGGAAAAGGAAAAAAAAAAAAAAAAAUCCAAAUAACAAUAAAGAAAAUAAAAGUAUCAAUGAAAAAGAUGGGAGCAUUACUAACAAAAGCGGAUAUAAUAAAAGGAAGAAAAAAAAAAUGCUUAUAUCACUACCAAGAAGAGUAGCUACUAUCACAGUGGCAGAAAGAGUAUCAAAGGAAAUGAAUAGAGGAGAUAUUGGAAGUUACGUAGGUUAUGCAAUUAGAUUUAAAAAUGUGUGUUCAAAAGAAACAAGAAUAAAAUUUGUUACAGAUGGAAUUUUGAUUAGGGAAAUUAUGAAUGACCCUUUAUUGAAAAAAUAUAAAUUUAUAAUAUUAGAUGAAAUACAUGAAAGGUCUAUCAGAACUGACGUUUUGUUGGGUUACACAAAAAUAUUAUUAGAGAAAAGAAAAAAAUUAAAAAUUAUUCUCAUGUCAGCUACUUUUGAUAUUAACACUUUUAACACCUUUUUUGAUAACCCUCCUAUUAUUUCUAUUCCCCACAAAAUUCAUAAAAUUACCAUUUUUUAUCCAAAAAAAUGCAUUGAAGAUUAUCUUCUUUCAAUUGUGUGCACAAUACUGCAAAUUCAUUUUGGAAAUGCGCAUAUUAAACAUGAAGGAAAUACAUACUACACGGAAGUUGAAAAUUGUGAAAACGAAAUGUUGGUCAAUCAGUCAGUUCAAGACAAGUAUGUAAAAUCAAAUGAGCAAAAUAAUAUUAUCACAAAAGGUUAUGCCAAUAUGGACAUUGUAGACUGUGAAUAUAAAAAACUAAAUUUUAAUAAAGAUAUAGACAAAAAAAAUUGCAUAGGUGAUAUUCUAGUUUUUUUGCCUGGUCAGGAAGAAAUAGAAAUGGUAAAUAUUAUGCUAAAAGAAAAAUUGAAAAUAAUCUACAAAGGAGCAUUACUCAAGAAGCUAAUUAAUACUGAAAAUAAAAAUCAAGAUAAUAAUGAUGUUUUAAGUAAAAUAAAUAGCACUUUCAAUUCAGAAAGCCAAACGGUUGAUGAUAUUUGUUUUCAUUUUGGAAAUACAGAAGUAAUUCCAGAUAAAAUAUAUACAAUGAAAAUUCUGCAGCUAUAUUCAUCUCUUCCCAAUAAAAAACAGAGAAUCAUAUUUGACCCAGUCCCACCAAACACGAGAAAGGUCAUUUUAAGCACAAACGUUGCGGAAACGUCAGUUACCAUUCCAAAUAUAAAGUAUGUUAUAGACAGCGGAAAGGUAAAAAUAAAAUUUUUCGACGCUAAAAAGGGAAGUAGCGUUCUGAAAAUAACUCAAAUUUCAAAAGACUCAGCUAUUCAACGAAGCGGAAGAGCUGGGAGGGAGGCCCCCGGACAGGUUUAUAGAAUGUACACAAAGGAGGAAUAUGAAAACAUGAACCCCUUUUUAAUUCCGGAAAUUUUUCGCACAGAUCUUACGCAGAUCUACUUGGAAUUAAAAGCAAUGAAUAUUAAUAACCCACUGGAAUUUAAUUUUCCCGAAAACCCGAAGAAGGAAUUUCUUCUCCAGUCAGCAAAGAUGUUAUUAAAAAUAAAUGCAAUUGAUGUAGAUAAUAAUUUAACCGAGUUAGGAAAAAAAUUGUGCCUACUCCCACUAAGUCCUAUAUAUGCGAAUAUAUUAUUAUGCUCUAUUGAAUUUAAUUGUAUUGAUGAAAUUGCAACCAUUGUAGCUUUAUUAAACUGUGAUAGCAUUUUUUUAAAUUAUAAUUUUUAUGAAGAUUUAAAUGCAAUUAAUGAAGAAAUAUUAAGCAGUAACAAAGACGGAAGGAGGGAAGCGAGAAAUAAUAACAAGAAAAAAAGAAAAAAAAAAAAAAAUGAUGAUGUUGAUGAUGAGGAUAAUGAUGAAGAACACAAAAAGAAUAUAGAAAAUGGAAAAAAGAAAAAAAGAGAAAAUUCGGAUUUUGUAAAAGAAAAAAAAGGCAAUUUUGAAGAUGAAAAUGACGACCGAAUUGACACUAAUAUUGACGAAUUAAAAAUAAGAGAUAAAAACAAACUAAUAAAUGCUGCUAGGAGAAAACUUAUUCAUCCUGAUGGGGAUCAUUUAACCCUAUUACAUAUUUUUUAUUUAUGGCAAGAAGAAGAAUCGGUUAAUCAAAAAAAAUAUUUUUGCCAUCUUUAUGCAUUAAAUAAUGAAAUAUUACAACAAGUAGAAAAAAUAAAAAUACAAUUAUUAGAAAUUAUAAAGAAUAAAUUGGGGGUAGAAAUUCCAAAAAAAUUGCAUAUGCAUAAAUGGGAACAGGUUUUAAUAUGCUUGUGCAAAUCUUGUUUUUUCCAUGUAGCUAGAUCGACAUCGAACACAAAUGUUUUUAUAAAUUUAGUAAACAAAAGUAAAAUACGCAUACAUCCGUCAUCUACUCUUUUUAACUCUAUUAUUAAACCUUCUUUUAUUGUAUAUUCGGAUAUUGUCCAAACCAAAAGGUUAUAUGCUCGUAUUGUGACAAGGAUUGAGGCAGACUGGUUGCUCAAGCACGUAUCUAAAAAUUUUCAACUGAUGAAAACGUAG